UGCCAACAGAUAAGAGUCACACACUUACACACUCCUCUCAGAAAAACACACUCCUCUCACACAAAACACAACAACCUCUGGCACGUACCCACUUUCUCUCUCUUACACACAUCCACAACGCUCUCAAACAAGAUACUCAGCCUGAAAGAUUUAACCCAAUCACUGCUGGCUGAAGGAGUAUGACAGGAAGAAACAUUUCUUACUGAUGUCGGAGAGCUCCUGUAAGCCCCUGAAAAGACAACGUAUUAUCUCCAGUUUACAGAAAAGCAUAAAUGAAGGAUUGUUGCUGAAGCAGACCAGCUCAUUCCAGAGAUGGAAGAAAAGAUACUUUAAGCUCAGAGGGCGAACUCUGUACUGGGCCAAGGACUCAAAGUCCUUAAUAUUCGAUGAGGUGGACCUGUCGAAUGCCAGUGUUGCUGAGACGAGCACAAAAAACAUUAACAACAGUUUUACUGUAAUAACACCUUUCAGAAAAUUAAUCCUGUGUGCAGAGAAUAGAAAAGAGAUGGAAGAUUGGAUCACUGCACUGAAAUCUGUUCAAAAACUGGAGAAUUAUGAGGCAAGUCAGCUGAACAUGGAGCAUUUCUCAGGGAUGCACAACUGGUACACCACAUCCCACGCCCGGCCCACCUUCUGUAAUGUCUGCCGGGAGGCCCUCCCAGGAAUGACCUCUCAUGGGCUCUCUUGUGAAGUGUGUAAGUUUAAGGCUCACAAACGAUGUGCUGUCAGAGCAAUCAACAACUGCAAAUGGACCACACUGGCCUCUGUAGGGAAUGACAUCAUUGAAGAUGAGGAAGGGGUUGCCAUGCCUCACCAGUGGCUUGAGGGGAACCUGCCAGUCAGUGCCCGAUGUGCUGUCUGCGAUAAGGCUUGUGGGAGUGUCCGGAGGCUACAGGACUGGAGGUGUCUGUGGUGCAAAGCAAUUGUUCACAAUGGAUGCAAGGAGCUGUUAAACAGAAAGUGCCCACUGGGACAGUGCAAGUUGUCCGUCAUUCCUCCGACGGCUCUGAACAGCAUUGACUCAGAUGGGUUCUGGAAGGCCACUUAUGCUUCAUCCUGCACCAGUCCCCUCUUGGUCCUGGUGAACUCCAAGAGCGGUGAUAACCAGGGGGUGAAGUUCCUCAGGAAGUUCAAACAGCUCCUGAAUCCAGCACAGGUCUUCGACCUGAUGAUUGGUGGGCCCCACCUUGGCCUCCGUCUGUUCCAGAAGUUUGCUACAUUCCGGAUCCUGGCAUGUGGAGGUGAUGGGAGUGUGGGUUGGGUCUUAUCGGAAAUUGAUAAACUGGGUUUACACAAACAGUGUAAAUUGGGCGUGCUGCCCCUGGGAACAGGCAAUGACCUGGCGAGGGUACUCGGCUGGGGUGGAUUAUGUGAUGACGAUGCACAGCUUCCUCAGGUUGUGGCUAAGCUGGAACGUGCCACCACCAAGAUGCUGGACAGGUGGAGCAUCAUGACGUAUGAAGCAGCAACGAAACCACCUCCCAUCGUGACAGAAGAUGAGCUUUACUCCCAGGUGCAGGAUCCAAUAUCUCAGUACGCUGAUUCUGUUGUUUAUCAUUUAACAAAAGUACUGGAUUCCGAUCAACACUCUGAUGUUAUUUCUUCCGCCAAGUUUCUCUGUGGGACAGUCAGUGAAUUCAUCGCUGAAGUUGGAAAAGCCUACAAGAAGGCAGAGGAAAACCAGGAAGAAGCAGAUGCAAUGGCCAGUAAGUGUGCAAUGUUAACCCAGAAGCUGGACUCCCUGGUGAAGGCUCUCAGUGAUGAAGCACAGGCAGUCAUAGUUCCUGCUGGCAUCUCCCCAUCAGCCAUUGCUGACCAAAGCGAGAAGCAAUGUACAGAAAAUGGAGGACACCAAGAAAAGCUUCCAGAAGCAAACGCUGUGCCCAAAAUAUUCAAGUCAAAGGAGCAACUUAUGUUACGAGCCAACAGCUUGAAGAAAGCCCUGAGGCAGAUCAUCGAACAAACAGAAAAAGUGGUCGAUGAACAAAACCGACAGAGUCAGGUGAUUCGCAGCUCUUCCUCAAACUAUCUUCUCGCUACUUCACUCGAGGGAGAGAGUUCAGAGGAGCUGAGACAGAAGGACGCUGAAACAGGAGGGGUAAGAAGAGGCACAUUGACUUCCAUGACAGCCACCAUAUUCCUUGAUCAAUCUGAUGGAACUAGCGCUCUCAGUUUCACCGAGGAACCCAGUUCAUUGUCUUUCUCUGAGAAGUGUGUCAUGAACAAUUAUUUUGGCAUUGGACUAGAUGCCAAAAUAUCGCUGGAGUUCAACAACAAGAGGGACGAGCACCCUAAAAAAUGCAGAAGCCGAACUAAGAACAUGAUGUGGUAUGGAGUCCUCGGCACCAAAGAACUCCUGCAGAGAACAUACAAGAACUUAGAGCAGCGAGUCCAUCUGGAGUGUGACGGAGUGUCCAUCUCACUCCCCAGUCUCCAGGGGCUCGCAGUGCUCAACAUACCCAGUUAUGCUGGUGGGAUCAAUUUCUGGGGUGGAACAAAGGAAAAUGAUAAUUAUGGAGCACCUUCCUUCGAUGACAAGAAGCUGGAGGUGGUGGCAGUGUUUGGGAGUAUCCAAAUGGCUGUUUCCAGGGUCAUUAAUCUACAGUAUCACCGGAUAGCACAGUGUCGCACGGUUAAGAUCACCAUCAGCGGAGAUGAGGGUGUCCCAGUUCAGGUGGAUGGUGAAGCCUGGAUCCAACCUCCAGGAAUUAUCAAGAUCCAGCAUAAGAAUAGGGCCCAAAUGUUAACAAGGGACAGGGCAUUCGAAAGCACUUUGAAGUCCUGGGAAGACAAACGUAAAGGAGAUUCUCUGAGGCAGAUGACUCGGCCUCGCCUGAGCUCUCAGCAGUCCAUGGAGUUCCUCACAGAGGAGGAGAUGAGCGAGAUGCAGCAGUUUGUACAGUCUGCAGAGACACUGAUCAACAGAGCGACACAACUCCACAACUUGAGAUUUUUCCAUUGGAUCGACUUCACCAGGAACUACAGCAUCAGGGACAUCCUUAGACAAUGGCAGUUCAGAACUAUUUACUUCAACCGAGAUAUCAGGAUCCACCGUGCAGCUGAGAGGCACAAGGUUGUUGAGCAGGAGCUGGCCCACGCAGUCAAUGGAUGCUCCCAUGUGAUUAGUGAAGUUUUACCUAAGCAAAAUGCUCCUGAUGCUAUGACCAGGAAUGCAGUUGUUGACAUCUUCAGCAGUGUAAAGGCCCUGUGCACAGAAACAAAGGCACUUCUCGAUGACAAACUGCUGGAAUUGGAGUCUUCCUAUGAAGAAGAGUUGCAGACUGCCCUGAGUGAUGUUGAGAGUGAGCUCCAGAAGCUGGCUGAGAUCCACUGGCUGGGGCACAUUAUCCAGACAACCGAUGUGGAGGAACAUUCAAAGGGAAGUAACAAGAGCAGCAUUAAGAUAAGAAUAAAGAACAUGUCAAGAAAGGAGAAACUCCAGAAGCAAAAAUCAAACAGUUCUUUGCUGGUGGAGAGAUGGGGCACAGAUGAAGUAGCAGUUUGGCUGGAGUCCCUCAAACUAGGGGAGUACAAAGACAUUUUUGCACGUCAUGACAUCCAGGGGUCCGAGCUUUUGCAGCUGGAAAGGCGAAAUCUGAAGGAUCUGGGGAUAACCAAGGUGGGCCACAUGAAGCGUAUUCUGCAUGGUAUUAAAGAUAUUGAUCAGAAUACAGUCACCUCCGAACUGUAGCAACAGACAAGACCAGAGGAGGAAAGCUGCUGAAUUAUUUCACAGAUUCUGAAGGGAUGUGUUUCUCUGCUAAUUUCAAUUCUUCAUAGGUUGCUUGCCUGACUUUACUGCCCAGAGGACAGCAGUAAUGCUCCAGUGUCUUUGAAUGUAAAACAAAAUGAAAACAAAUUCAUUUUCUGCAAACUCCUCACUAAAGCUUAGGCACUGCAUGGCCAGGCACAUCUAGCAACUUAUCCCACCUGUUACUCAUAGUCACAGGAGUCCCCAUUGUUAUUGGUGUGAUACAAUGACCAAUAGGAAUGUUCCUGGAGGACAAUGGCCUCCCCUAUGGCAUCAAGUCAUCAAGUAGCCAGUUAGUGAAUGGAGCCAACUUUUGUACAGGUGAAUCCAAAAUGUUGGAGCAAUGCUGGAAGGAUGCGGCUCUGUGUCCCUGCUCCUGACUGGAUCUGACCAAAGCACUGAAUUCAUAAUUUACAAGAGGGCAGACCAAUCUUGGGGCCCACAGCUUGUGACCUAGGCAAACAGUGAGCAAUGUGAUGGCUCUGUGGCUCACUCACUGCCCUCUUGUUUAGAAUUGUUGGGGAACAAUCAUUAAAUUGCAGAUCUUUAAGCCGCGUCUAUUCAUUUCAAACUUCUUGUCCAUGGAUGGUGAAAACUCUCCACUACAAUUGCAUUGUCUGCAUGAGCUACCGCCAUUUCAAGCCAUGUCCUUUAGUGGUUGCCAGGAAAUAGAAGACACCACUCUGUUACCUAAUGGACUCUGACAAAGAAGGGUUAAUAGUUGUGGAAUUAUCCUGAUAAAUUAGCUGUACUGUGUUAGGGUGGAAAAAAAAACUGCCAAGGUGUAAUUCUUGCUGGGGACUUUACAGUGCCCUAUGUGGUGGUAGAUACUAUCUAUGUCCUGACAAGUUAUUCAGUGUUGUAAAUGUAGAGAGCAUCUGUGUGAAUCAGAGCACAGUUUAACAAGAACUAAGGACAAGGAUCAACUAAUCAUUCAAUUCCCGCCUUUCAAAGAGAGGCAAUGAUUGUCACCUUCACAAAAUGACGCAGAUCACCUACCCCCUGGAGAGCCCAUACAUCAUGGAUCCCAACCCCUGGAGAGCCUAUACCUCAUGGACCCCAUCUCCUGUAGAACACCCUUAGUAGUGUUUUAUGGGGAGGGUGCAAAGAAAGCUUUCUUCUUUUUUGAAUCCAAGCUCUACCUGCCCUGGGAAUGUUUGAUGGGGACAGUGUAGAAGGAGCUUUAUUCUAUAUCUAACCCCGUGUUGUACCUGCCCUGGGAGUGUUUGAUGGGGACAAUGUAUAGGGAGAUUUAUUCUGUAUCUAACCCUGUGUUGUACCUGCCCUGGGAGUGUUUGAUGGGACAGUGUAGAGGGAGUUUUUAUCUGUAAUUAACCCUGUGUUCUACCUGUCCUGGAAGUGUUUGAUGGAGACAGUAUCGAGGGAGCUUUAUUCUGUAUCUAACCCCAUGCUGUACCUGUCCUGGGAGUGUUUGAUGACAAUAGUUUAGAGAGAGCUUUAUUCUGUAUCUAACCCCAUGCUGUACCUGUCCUGGGAGUGUUUGAUGAGAAUAGUGUAGAGGGAGCUUUCCCCUGUAUUUAACCUUGUGCUGUAUCUGCUCUGGGACUGUUUGAUGAGGGCAGUGUAGAGAGAGCUUUAUUCUCUGAUUAUGAAUGUCAGGAUGUGGAAUCAGCCAUAGGUCUCCUACUUCCUGAUACAAACAUCCCUCACCCUGAUACCCACAGAAAGGCUCACAAGUGCAAUCAUUAAUAUUGAAAUCAAUGUUGAAAAUGAACUUUUAUUGGAAUUACUAGGAUGAGUCUAAUGUCCAGCUCCAAUUGUGGAAUGUCAUUCACAGAGAGAGUAGCUUGUGAUUUCCCAAUCUGUGUUUCCUGGACAACAACAGAAUCAUUCCUGACCGCUUGCUCCUGGUCUGAGUAAUAAUGAGAAUAUUGAUGUGGCUGGAGUUUACAAUAUUGGUGAGAGCCAGCUCACUCUGGCCCUGUUUCUACAAUGGCAACAGUAGCAUUCCUGAACAAUGUGACAUUACCCAGUUACCUCAGCCCUGAGAGACCCAGUGAUGGAAGUGCUCUGACCUCCAUGUGACAGUCUCCCCAAAAGAGGCGUUGACACCGCUGCUUUCGCCCACUCACACUCACACCACAUAAGGCCUCCAACAUUCUGUACAUUGUGCUCAAGGCAUAAACCUCUCAUUAGCCAAUGAUGAAUUGCCAUGUACCAAACUCUCUCACACCGGGUAACCUGCUCGAUAUUUUACUGUGUCAUCUGGGACUCAAUGUAUCACUCUCACGCCUCAGUGUCAGUGGGAUACAACUCCCAGUAGGAAGACUUGAACAUCUUUUCUAAUACUUCAUUUCAGUGCUGAGGGACUGCUGCAAUUUUGGAGGUGCAGCCUUUCAGGUGAGAUGUUAAGCCAAGGCAACGUCUGCUUGCUCAGGUGAAUGUAAAAGAUCCCAUAGAACAAGAGCAGGGGGGUUAUCUCCAAUGUCCUGGCCAAUAUUUACCCCUGAAUCAAUGCUUAAUGCUGAUUGUUUGGUCAUUUUCACAUUGUUGUUUGCUGCAGCUGUGCAUAAAUUGGUUGUUGCAUUUUCUACAUUACAACAGGCUACAUUCGGAAAGUACUUCAUUAGCUGUAAGGUGCUUUGAGACAUCCUGAAUCCAUGAAAGAUGCUAUAUAAAUGGAUGUUCUUUACUGAAGUCAUAUGUUCCCCUUGGCUUCCUCCCCGUACAGAGAUGGUAAUGUGAUUGAAACACUUUCUUCAAUACAGUUCAGUAAUGUGUUGAUGAAUGUCUGUGCUUUGCAAACCCCUAACUGUGCUCUACUUUGUUUACAUCUGUAUGUAGCACUUUGGUUGUAUAAGGAUCAAACCCAGGAGAUUUAUUUAUUGUUUGAUGCAUAUGAGAUGAUUUAUAAAGAGAUUCCUUUAGUUUUUUUUUGCAUAUGUGGAGAGAGUUAAAGGUACUUAUUGUAAUAAACAAAAUUUCAGAAAUGA